UCACUCACACACGCACGCACACACUCAGGCCAGAGGCAAACUGACACUUGCGGAGCGGCGAGAGACAGCGAGCGAGGAACGACUGUUGGGCUGUCCGGUGAAACAAUCCCGCCAUGCGUGAAUACAAGCUAGUGGUUUUAGGCUCUGGAGGUGUGGGCAAGUCUGCUCUGACAGUUCAGUUUGUACAGGGAAUCUUUGUGGAAAAAUAUGACCCGACAAUAGAAGACUCGUACAGAAAGCAAGUGGAGGUAGAUGGGCAGCAAUGUAUGCUUGAAAUUCUUGACACAGCAGGCACAGAACAGUUUACAGCAAUGAGGGACUUGUACAUGAAGAAUGGCCAAGGGUUCGCCCUGGUUUACUCCAUCACAGCACAGUCAACCUUCAACGACCUCCAGGACCUGAGAGAACAGAUUCUACGAGUAAAGGACACAGAGGAUGUGCCGAUGAUUCUGGUGGGGAACAAAUGUGACUUGGAGGACGAGCGUGUUGUGGGGAAGGAGCAGGGCCAGAACCUGGCCAGACAGUGGAACCACUGUGCCUUUUUAGAGUCCUCUGCUAAGUCAAAGAUCAACGUCCUCGAUAUCUUCUAUGACCUGGUCAGACAGAUAAAUAGGAAAACGCCAGUGGAAAAGAAGAAGGCGAAAAAGAAAUCCAACUGUGUCCUGCUUUAAAGACCCUCCAGCCCCUGCAGCAGCUCUGAGCCAGGUGUGUAAAUGCUGUAAUGAAGAACUGUUGCCCUGAUUGGAACGUGCCAGCAUUCCAACAGCCCCGAUCUUACCUACUCCUCCGCCCGCCCGCCCUUUUCCUCCCAUCAGCCAUAAACGGUGAAUCAGCUGACUGAACCGCUCCUAUCAAAGACGAGGAUGAUCUACACAAGAGAAAGAAAGAAAGAGAGAGAGAGAGAGAGAGAGAGAUAUGAAGAGAAUAAAGAGAGAGGGAAAGAAAGACAGUAUGAGAGAGAAGACUGUUGUCUCUCGCCUUUGAGGACCUUCCUCUGUGUCUCAGUUUCAGUGAACCCUGAACGGACAGUCUCCAUUUCUGCACCAACAAAAAAACCCCACCACAAACUGAUGAUGAUGAUGAUGAUAAGAUUGCAGCAAAGCCUCUGAAAGUAUAAAAAAAGGUGUCCAUGAGCUGCCUACAUGGCCAGAGAGCAGCCCCAUUUUUCUUUUUUUUCUUUUUUUUCUUUUUUGUUGACAGUUUAAUAAAAAAAAAAGAAAUAACAGCGUUACAGAAGGAAAAACAAUGUUAGGAACUUGGAUUCAGUAUUUUUCAUCUUUUUCAAUAUUGUAUUUGAAAGACAUGGAAGUCGACCUCUUUUUAGUUGUGCGAUUCUAAAUAUUCUUCAAAAACAGCAUGAAAAAAAUGCAUCAGUUAUUAAGUGUAGAUGUUUUCAAGUAAAAUCAAGUGAAAAAGUGAGAAUUUCUUUUUAUAGCCAUACACCUAUUGUCCCUGCUUAUCAUGUCAGUGAUGAUAGAUCCAGGUCUAUAAUAUGUAUUAUAAUUUUUAUUACAGUUUUUUGUUUUUCUUUGUUUGCCCUGUUCAUGGACUUCUCUUUGGCAGAUAUCUCUCUUUGAUGUGACUUAAUUUUAUACUCAGUCACUGGGAUUUCAUAGCUCCCAUAAUAUAUUCUAAUGCCAUUUUUUGCAUAAUAAUGCUUCAGAAAAAAAUGGGCCUUUUUAUAGAAGAAAUACGGGGAAAAAUAAGGAUUGAUUUCUAUGUCUCUUGAAGCUGAAAUAUAUUAUACUAAACCAACUCUAAUAAUGCUUCCUGUGUUUUUCUGUCGAUGUUCCAGCCUUUAUGGAUUAUUAAAGUACAUUUUAGUACGUUUUCAUUAUAUUGGUCAAUGUAUUUUUGUGAAUUAAACUGUUAUCCAAAGCAGAUUUGACUGAUUUGAGAAGAGUGGAAUUAAAAUGUGUUUUUUACACAGGUUGCAAAGCGAACUGGGACAUUUUGUCAACUCACGUUUAUUUAAUUGAUGUUGAUUCUACUGUAUACAGUGACACAUGUCUGGCCAUGUUUCAAUAGAUGUGAAACAACAGGACAGUUACUGUUUGUAGUGUGACUUAUGUUAGAUACAGUUGAGGACAAUUAUUAGGCCCCCAUGAAAAUGUCAUUGUCAUUUUAAAAGUAUUUCCCUAGUGUUGUUAAGCAGCAAAACUUCCAUGAUUUUACUUCCACAAAAAAAAGUAAGAAGUGACCUUUUCAUCGAGCCAUAGCACAAACCACUAAUGUUCAAAACUUUUAAAAUCAAGUUAAAACGUUGUCACAUGAGAAAAAGGAUUGUUGAUGCCCACAAAGGAGAAGGAUAUGCAAAGUUAUCACAGAGUUGUCACAGUGUUAAGAACUGGAUUAUGUUGAUUUUUGUGGAUUCAUUCAAAUAAUUAAAUGAUCCAAAAUAAAAACUAGGAUGUUUUUGAAAAAAAGCUGUGCUAAUAAUUAUUUAACAGCACAAAUAUUUUGAAAACUGCAAAAUUUGUCCACUAGGGGUCAGUAUGUGAAUAGAAAUGUUUUGCACAUCCUGUGGGAAGUUGUCACGCUGAAUCUAAGCCCUAGCAGUAAAUUACAUAAUGUGGCUCAAUGGGGCAAUAACUUAACAUUAAUUUAUGUACAGAGCAUUUUUUUUUAUGAUUUUUCUUCAAUGAGAGUUUAUCAUCACCUUAAAUUCUAUAUUGAAAAACAGGUGUUCUAUACUUUACAGUAUAAACUGAAAAUUGAGAUUGCAGUCACAUUUAAAGCAAAAAAUGAUGCAACGUUUAAAUGAAGAUGCUGUAUUCUCCUACUUGCAACGUUCACAUCAUUCAUCCAUUCAUUCACUCAUUCACUGUGUCACGUUUAUCUUUUAAAGGGUAGCAGGAGGAGCUCGAGCCAAUCCCAGCUGACGUUAGGUGACAGCUGUGAUACAACUCUGGACAGUUUGUAAGCCGUAGUAUCAGAGCAUUUGACAGAGGUGUGGAAGUGUUUUAGAGUUUGUUAUUUGGAACAUGUUUUGUCCUUUUUUAAAUGUUGCAAUUUCUAAGAUUCUUACGACAAUGUUGAGAUGUUGUGAUCUGUGUUAUGCAGUCAAAAUAUUAAUGUUGGUUGAAGUAUAAUAUACAUCACAGGACUACAGAUGACCUUCAGUUUAUGUCAUUAAUAGUUUGGUUUAUAAAAUAAAGACUUUUCCUCAGUUUUGAA